CACUUAACCAUCAGACAGACAGAACUCAAAGACCUAACAAGAGUCACCAGAAGAUCAGAAAAAAUCUAGUUUCUAUCUGCUGAACUAAACCACCUGUCCUCUCCUAAGAUGAAGACAUUCAGUGUUGCAGUUGCAGUGGCCGUCGUGCUCGCCUUCAUUUGUAUCCAGGAGAGCUCUGCUGACCCAAUCACUGGGGUACAAGAGCCUGAGGAGCCGAUAAGCAACAGCAAUCCAGCUGCUGAACAUCAAGAGUUGCCAGGGAGAUUGGUGCAGAUGCUGUCCAACAUCAGAGAGAAGCGUGAAGUCAUUUGCUGCCAUAACUGCCAUGGCAAGCCAUCAGGCUGCGACGGCUGCCAACACUGCCAUCAAUGCCAUAAUGGCAUCUGUCCAUCGUAGAGCUUUUUUAGCUGAAUUAUCUGAGGAUAUUACUGUUCUUAGGGAUGUGAGCAUGAUCCCCACACUCUUUGGAAUAUCUGCAGAUACUACUGUGUACUACCACAGUAAAGUUUAUUGUGACUUAUAUGUGAACAUGUUCUUUUAACAAUGAACAUAAACAAACAAUUCAUGAAAGCAGUAAGAACAUAUUUAGUCUUGUAGUGUUGAUAGUGAGUGCUAAUUUUCUUUCAACUGUCACAAACAAAAAAGGUUUUAUAAAAUAAAAAACGUUAUCUGAGAAUGUU